AUGCCGGGGCCCAAAAGGCCGGAUGAAGGUGACUCUGAGCCACCUCGCUCGAGAAGUCCUAGGACUCGGCCCCUGCUUAGACCACGGUAUUUGCAGCCGGAACCUUCUCCGCCUGAUGCACCGCCUAGUGGUCCGCCUCCUCCGGUGCCAGUCCACUAUGCUGCUGAUGAUGCUGCAACCCUUGCGGAGGACUCACUCCCAAGCGGCACGGACUCUAUGGAUUCCGACGAGAUCACCAUUCGAGAGCUGGCUGAAGAAGCCCGGCGGCUUCGUGCGGAAAGGGGCCCAGCCAAACCCACGACAGCCUCUACACGGGCGCAUGCUGCCGUCAACACUCUACCAGCUCCUCGCGAGGAUCAUGAAAACUCGGAGUCUGAAUGCCCGGCGGAGGACGAUGAGAUCGAUGAGAACCCCUUCGAUACAUCCUCUCGACCGGAGGACGACCUUGCUGCAGCCACAGCCACACCUUCACUUUUCAUGGAUGCGUGGUGGAACUGGGAAAAACAGGUGCCGCUGCUGAUUUGCAUAUCUGCCCUCUACCGGUACAUGCAGUGCAUCUUCUACAUUUGCCAGGCCUUCUACCACCACCUUUCGGACAUUCGGUACGGUGGCACUCUUAGAGUACCUGCAAGCUGGCAGCCCCACAUCAAUGAUGAAGCUCUAUGUCAAGUUUGCUCUGGUACAGGUGCCUCUCCUACUACGCCCACGUCUCCUACAAAGCAGUGCCGCCUGGGUCCCAAGUCCCAGGGUGCCGGAAGCAUUCGAUGUUUACGCACACCACUACUACUUUUGCUGUUGAUCGCAUGGAUACCAGCAGCAUGUGCCGGCACAGAUGCGAGGGUUGAUUCUGAUUCCCGCCCGGUUUCUGGAGCCCUUCGGGGUGAACUUUUAGGUGGGAGCACCGCUUGCACGACUACUUUUCCGGCGCCAUGCUCAGGCAGGCAACGAAUUCGCAAACGAGCUUUUGCCCGAGCGCUUCGUCGAGCCCGUUCCUCACAGGAUGGAACAACCGUCUAUCGAGGCCGAACUCUUCGUGCGCCCCAACAUAGUGAUCCACACCCAAAGCCCAACAGGCCCUCUGCAAAGACUGCGUCCUCGCCGACAACGCGGCAGCGCUCCAGGCUUCGCACUUUCAGUCUGAAUGUUGGUGGUCUUGACGCCACAACGUUUGAUUGUCUUAUGGCCUGGCUCCCUAAAGCACCGUAUGAUAUCAUAGCUCUGCAGGAAAUCCACCAUGGUCUGGGGAAAGAGUCCUCACACUGGUCCUCGGCAGGUUGGACCUUCAUAACCAGUGUCGAUCCUUCCUCUAGAUUUCAGGGCCUUGCCACGCUGGUUCGACAGGACUUCCAGGGUGAUGCGGAGAUUCACCACAAGGAGAUCAAACCAGGCCGUCUGCUACAUGUACGUCUCGCACGACCCGAAUAUCACAUAGAUGUGGUGAACUUUUAUCAACAAGCUUACCAGCCAGAUUCAGCGGGACACAAUCUCUCCAAACGACACAGUCUGUGGGACAGCCUAAAUGCCACUAUACAACAGCUGGCCAGGCGAAACAUGUUGGUUCUGCUGGGCGACUUCAACUGUACCCCGAUUUAUGUCGCGGGACACAUCGGAUGCUCAAUGUCCAGGGCUGAGCUCUACUCGGAUGCUGCAGAAUUUACCACCAUCCUGGAAGCUAACCAGCUGGUCGUACUCAACACAUGGUCUCGACGUCGUCUGCUCCCUACCUUUACAGGUCCUAGGCAUCAGUCCAUCAUUGACUUUAUCAUCACCCGACAGGGACAUGCAGAUGCAGUGGCUCGACGUGCUCUACCCCAACGAGGCUUCACACUCAGUCCGUGGCGUCAAGGGGGCAAGCAUCACCCAGUUGAGGCCACUCUCCCUCUACAUCCAGGCUGGCAGCGGGCCUCACCACGGUCGUCCACUCAGCCCAAAAGAUCUUAUGAUAACUUGGCUCUCACGGCUGCUGUCCGAGAUCGCACUCCGCAAUAUGAUGCCCUCCGAGAAGCUUUCAGGUCCAAACUUGCGGCGGCACAAACCUCUGACCUUCAACAAAUUAACGAUAUUCUGCUCGAUUUGGUUUGCAGGCUUUUUCCGCGAGCUCCUCCUCAACCACAGCUCCGGGCUUGGCAGACGUCGGAGGUGCAAACAUCAGUAGCGGACAUGUGGCGAGCAAGGAGGCGAAUGCAAAGACCGGCUGACCACCCACCAGGCUCCUUUCGAGCAUGUUUUCAAGCAUGGCGACGACGCCAGGAAUUUCAAAAAGCCUACAAGGCCCUUCGAAAAAGGGGCCGAGACGCUCGCAAAGCCGUCCUCGAGAACUACCUGGAACAGGCCCAGACUGCAGUUGAGCGGGGUGAUCAUGGCUUAUUGCAUCGCAUUAUUCGGCAAAUGGCCCCCAAAACCCGACAUGCCCAGGUUCGUAUACAUGGUAAACAGGGUGAGAUGCUCACCUAUCAACAGGAGCAGCAGGCCAUUGUUGAACAUUUUGAGACUUUGUUUCUGUCUCGACAGUCUGGAUGCACACUGUCUGCAGCUCGACCUUCGGCACACUACGAGGUCAGCCCGCUUAUGUUUCAGCAAGCCCUCGACUCGCUCAAGAUGGGCAAGGCAGUACCUCCGGGCAGCGCUCCUACCAGUGCGGUACGUGCAUGCUCGGACAUGAUCUCCACGAUUGCUGCUCCUCAGGCCGAGACCUGUCUGAAUGGGGCUGAGACGCCGUCUUUGUGGGCCGACUGUACUCUGGCACUCAUCCCCAAGCCACACAAAUCGGGGAAACGACCCGAAAACCUCCGACCUCUAGGACUACAAGAUACUGGUGCCAAGGCCUAUGCUAAGGUACUGAAGCAAUUACUCUUACGAGAAGUCAGCUCCACCAUAGCCGCUUUGCCACUGUUUGCAUAUGUACCUGGUAAAAGCACAGACACUGCUAUUUCGCGAGUGACGGCCCACUGCAGACAAGUCCGCUCUAUGCAUGAAGGGCAGCAGGCUACUGUGCAUACACGUCGGGCCCAAAUCAAACAGAAAGUGGCCAUUGGCGGCAUACAACUUGCAAUCGAUCUUUCAACAGCUUUUGAUCGAGUACCUCGUGAACGGCUAUAUCAGGCACUGAUUUGGGCAGGCGCCAGCGAGACUUUGGCACGAACAAUUAUAGAUCUGCACGAAGUUUGUAAGUACAGCAUCAAUCAUCGCGGACGUCACAGUCACAUUAACAUGCGACGUGGAGUACGCCAAGGAUGUACACUAGCUCCUUUGCUGUGGGUAGUAUACUCAGCCUAUGUAGCUGACCAUCUAGGUCAAGAAUUGUCCCACACCUGGGUAUCGCAACAUCUGACGCUGUACGCUGAUGACACACAUGCCAGCUGGCUAGUGAAUUCAUUGGGAGACCUUCGCUCAGCUCUGCAGGCCAUACCUGUCAUCUUUUCAGUAUAUCAACGAUUUGGAAUGCAGGUGAAUCCGCAAAAGUCUGGUAUUAUCCUGGGUGUCAAAGGCCUGCUAGGCAAAUCUACUCUUGCACCCCAUGUACAUGGACCUCCAGAUGCCCGACGGCUUGUGCUUGGCCCCCCGCAUCAGCAAUUGAUCAUACCUAUCAAGGAUAGUCUGACUUACCUUGGUGUCAGUAUCUCCUAUGGUGGUUUCGAGGACAUCACCCUGAAUUACAGACUGGAUGUGGCUCGUAAUACCAGAGGCCGGCUCAUUAAAAUUCUACAUGCUCGUAGAUAUCUUUCUGUUCGCAAGCGCCUCCAGCUUUACACACUGUGUGUCCGAACGGCGGCCUUAUAUGGUCUCAUGCCGGUUGGCCUCACUGCCGCUGGGCUGAGAAGACUACAUACCUUUGAGGUCAAACAUGUUCGAGCUAUCUCUCGUAGCCCGGUGCAUAUCACCCGGGAACCUACGGGGGCCCUGUACAAACGACUUGGUUUGAUACAACCAGGAGACUACCUGCUGAAGCUCUUGAAACAGCGAACUCGUACCCUCACCAAACUCCAAGAUCAGGCGGUAGCACAAUUUCAACAGCGAAUAGAAGAACUCAAGCAACACCUCGCAGCUCUGCGACAUGGUCUUCAGGAAGUCACGGCUACCCAAGCCUUUGCCUGCCCUACUUGCGGACAAUACUUUGACACGCUGCCAGGGAUGCGCUCUCAUCACACCAAGACUCAUGGAUGGAGACUUCAGGUAGUCUCAGCUGGACCCGCCAAAAGAUUGCAUGGACUUCGCAUACAAGACCAUUGCACCAACAAUAUGCCUAUUUGUCGACAUUGUAACGCAAAGCUCUCUACUUGGCACCAAUUUCGUGUACAUAUACUUACCAGCUGUGUUGUGUUGCAUUCUGACGCAAAGGGUGAAAGGCCUGCUUUGCAGUCCGCUGCGGGGCCCCAACCCGAGCCUGCUUUGCAGUUCGCUGCGGGGCUCACUGCUGAAGGUGCAACAGAAAACGCGCUCCUGGCUCCUUUUGAGCUACCUGAAGUGCAAGCCUUGCUUUCCACUAACCAGUGGAAGGACGUUCUCAACAUCAGUGCGAUGAAAGAAACUCUUCGGCAUCAUUGCGUGCUUUGCGGUCAAUGGGUAGCACGUGCACCAAGCUCCAUGAUUUUACAUGUGCGAGCUAUACAUCCAGAUUUGAUGUUGUACUGGGACGAUGCUAUGGCUCACAGUUUGACCCUCGCAGAAGGACACGCUCGACCCUGCAAAGCCUGUGGAGCGACACCCCGUCUGAAUCAACCUAUAAUGGCCCACCAGGAGGAGACCUUUGGACCACAGGACCCUAUGACCAGGGGACAGUUAGCGGCGGAGGAAGUGCGGGACAUCUUGGGCGAGGCUGUGGCGACAAUGCAGCCCCAUCCACGGGAGGAUGUGGACAUGCCUGCAGCCCCAACUCUGGGGAAACGAACGGAGGAUCAACAGAUCCGACCCACCAAGUUUUCCAAGCCAGCGGGGAAGGGGCAGGGCCAAGGGCAGUCACCCACCAAGGGACCGGCAGACGACAAGCAGAACAACCCCAGCCCACCAGCAAGCUCCUGGCAAAACCCCAGGGGAUGGAAGGACCAACAGCUGCAGCGUCGGCAAGGACAGGGCUGGAAGCAGCAGGAGUGGGACGACGAAUGGUACCACCACAGCGAGGUGAAGGAGUUACGCCAAAUGGUGGAAGCCCUUCAGGAGCAUGUGAGGCUCCUGGCGAGGAUGGCCCUGCGGCACGAAGACGAGCUCUCACAAGCUCGCACAGAGCGCGACUUUCUUUUUACUUUCGAGCCGCCCACGACCGAGGCAGACUCCAACAUGGUGAACAUGCUGGGCCUCAUGUUCAAGAUGGCGGUCCUCUGGAAGGAGAAGAAGGAGAAAGGGGAGGUGGACUCCUCUCUCAGGCUUGUUCUGUUCCUGGGCCUGCUUCGCCAAUGGACGAAACAAAUCACCACCAACCUCGAGCAGCCGGAGGACUUGGAGCAACUGGCCAAGCUAAAGCUUCUUCGCCAGAAGGAUGCCGGGCAGGGCAUGGAAUGGCCAUAUCUACGAUGGAACCAGGAACGCCAGAUGCUGGAAGAGUCGCAAACCCCGGCUCUGGAUCACAAGGAGCUGAUGACAGCUCUGGCUACCCUGGAGUCGUCCAUCACAGCCCCGGGAGCCCUCCUUCGAUUCCAUGCAACGCGACGGCUUGUGGAGCAGCACCAGUCCCCGGUCACGUUCCUGGUGACGAUCGGGAUGCGGGACCCAAAGUCCCUACUCUGCCACCGCGCUCUGUGCUCGCUAUGCUUCAACGCCAGCAGCCAACUGUUGAAAUUCCGAGUCCGCCCAGCCAGGAUGGAACGCCAGCCGCUAGCCCGGGUGCUUGCCGAGCAAUUCCCACCGCCCACGGAGCAUCCCAUGGGCCGCGGACGGAACUACAGAAAGCCCUCAUCGAAUCGCCCCAGUCCGGCACGCGAAAUGCCACCGAAGCACCCAGCAGUGCCGAUCGCGAAAGAGGGGGACCAGACGGGACAGCAGGAGGAACCCACCUCCUAG